UUAAAAUCCAAUUUUAAGAAAAUAAAUAGUAGAAAUAGGCGGGGUUUAUGACUUUUUGACUGUAGUAAUGACCAAUACAAGCUUGGAGGUUUGCAUGAGCUUGUUGUUAGCAAGCUAACCCUGUGAAUAACUUUCGUGAGGCCAAUUUGUAACCUACGCGUUGUGUUUCUAUGGAUGAAGCUUGUAAUUAAAGAAAUGGAGACCACACCGAAGACAACCAAAUCAAAACCUGUGUACGGCACACCGUGCAAUUUAAAAUCAAGCCCGUGUGAAUCCAGUAGUGUGCAAAAGCCAAAACAGCAGAUGAGUUCAUCUCUGAAGGAAAGACUGAAAAGAUCAAAACGUUCCUUCACCUCUCCUGUUUCCGUGGCCAAACGUCUUAACAUCGAUGAUGACCAACUACCCUCAACAGCAGACAAAGAGACCGAGCAUGGUGCCAAAACAGACAGACAGAAGAAUAUUGACAUCAACAGAAAUGAGAGAACGCCCAGUGAAUAUCCAGAGACUAGAAGGGCUGGGGUCCCUGGCCCCAUGCCUGAAUCAGCUCAACCCACUCCUGUAGACUUGCUACAACUACGAGACCAAUUGAAGAGAGAGGUUAAAGAAAGGACCGAGAGACUACGGCGACUGAAGAUGGUUAAAAUGUACAGAAGCAAGAAUGACCUGACACAGUUGAGAGUUUUGAUUGACAAGUGGCGGCGUUGUAGUCAGGCUGCAUUGUAUGAGCUCCAGUCAGAUCUCCCCAUAGAUGGCAGGAAAGCCAGCAUCUCCCAGCUAAUUGACCUCUUUGGUGUAGAGGACAGCAUACUGCACUUUGACCGCACAGAAGAGGACUUCACCAAUACAUAGACCCACAUGCCUUCUGUUCAAAUCAUCACAAAUAAUAUUAAGUGUUGAUCUCAUCAGAUUUAUCAUGCAGAUUUCCUGCCUUUGUUGAAUCUAGAUUAUUCAAUCUUAUGUACUGGAUGUUUUUCACCCUACAUUUACUAUGAUCCACAAGUAAUGAGAGUGAAAAAAUAACAUUCAUUUGCCACUUCAUCAGUUUAAUUUCAUACUGUUACCUACCAUAGUAAUUUAUAUUAGUUUAUAUAUUAGUUCUAUAUUUAAAGAUGAAAAUCAGUUUUUGAUGUUUGUUAAAAAAAAUUAAAUAAAGUGUUUCCUGAA